UAAGUAUAGAACUUAUAACGCUACCUCUCUCAGAGUAAUCUUAACCAAAAGAAUAAGCAAGCAAAGGGAUGAAUCGUCAGGUUUUAUCAAUAGUGGCUUUGAUUCUUCUCUUACUACUCUCUGCGUUCAACAGCACAACGAUGGCCCGAACCUUGCCGAACGAACGAAUAUCUGCAAGUAUAAAAGUGGGGGUCUCAGGGAGUGUAUCGCGCCAAGCUCGUAAAAAGGGACCUGGGGCUCCUGGAAAACAAAAUCGUUGAUCUCCUUAACGUUUUCUUAAACCUAUAUAUAUUCAUCGUUAAUCAUAGUUACUCUGUUUUAUGGUGUAAAAAUCGUGUUUAUUACAUAACAACACACUAGUGUCCGAAGCGGAUUUGAUUAUUUUAACCAAAAUACAUAUUGCAAUAAAAAUUAAAGAAUACACGCACGAGCACAAAUACGUGGCGGACAAAGAGUGGUCGUUGACAUAUAUCUCCAGCAAAGACAGUAAUGUUAGGUAUAUCCACGUGAUUUCCCAGAACUACCCUCGUUCUACAUAAUGAGCGAGGGGUAGUUUAGGAAAUUAUAUAUAGGCACCAACAAAGAAGUCCAUAAGCUCCUCAUCAGAUCCAAAACGCGACCCUCACAGAACAAAUCUCAUCCCCAAGAGGCCUCUAGAGAGAGAGGGAGCGAUAUAGAAAACGAGUCUCUUCCUUUAUAAAUCCCAUUUUACAAAUUUCUUUUCCCUCUCCAAAUCCCCUCUUCUUUUGUUUGUAUAUAAAGCCUACCCCUUUUUUCAAAUCUUUCUCUUCCAAUCAUUUGGGGCUGACGAAACCCUAGAUUUGAGAUUCCGAACUGCAAACUAGCGAAAGAGAAUGGCUGAACAAGGAAUGGAAGGGAGCCAGCCAGUUGACCUUAGCAAGCAUCCUUCAGGGAUCGUUCCAACUCUUCAAAACAUUGUAUCGACAGUGAACUUGGACUGCAAGCUUGAUCUUAAAGCCAUAGCUUUGCAGGCUCGUAAUGCUGAAUAUAACCCCAAGCGUUUUGCUGCGGUAAUCAUGAGGAUAAGAGAGCCAAAGACCACUGCUUUGAUCUUUGCUUCUGGGAAAAUGGUGUGUACUGGAGCUAAGAGUGAACAUCUUUCGAAGCUGGCUGCAAGAAAGUACGCUCGGAUUGUCCAAAAGCUUGGCUUUCCUGCAAAGUUCAAGGAUUUCAAGAUUCAGAACAUUGUAGGGUCUUGUGAUGUCAAAUUCCCCAUUAGGCUUGAAGGUCUUGCAUACUCUCACAGUGCUUUCUCAAGUUACGAGCCUGAACUAUUCCCAGGACUGAUAUAUAGGAUGAAACAACCAAAGAUAGUACUCCUUAUUUUUGUGUCUGGAAAGAUUGUUAUAACUGGAGCCAAGAUGAGAGAAGAGACUUACACCGCCUUUGAGAAUAUUUACCCAGUUCUUACAGAAUUCAGGAAAAUCCAGCAAUAAUUAGCCCUAUUUAUGAAAAGAAACAAAAAAGCAUGUUUACAUUUGGAUUGUCAAGAACUAGGGAUCUCAGGGUGGUGGAAAAGCGCUUGGUGAGGUUAUCAUCUUUCAACAAGGACUUGGUUUGAUCCAGAUUGAAAACCAAAAACUGUAAAUACCGAAAGGAGAUGCCAAUGUAAUCUCUCUUCUUGUUUUCUUUUUGUUCUAUGUUUCUUCCACGUAUCUUGUUUCCUGUAAUGUUUGUUUCACUGAGUAAUACCAUAGUAACUUAGAACCUC